CAUAGCACCGAGUUUCCUGUCAUCGCGCUCAUGGCACGCGAUUUCCUUGCCAUACCCGCUACCUCAGUAUCCGUGGAACGCUUGUUCUCAAGCUCGCGUCAUGUGCGCAGGGACUCACGUUCAUCAUUCAAGGCUAAGACUAUCACAUCGGUGAUGUGUGCUAAGAAGUAG